AUGGCGAAAGAAAGUGAGAACAGUGAUAUUCAUGUCCUGGAGAAGGAUGUCCAGAAAGAAUCACCCAAUGAUCCUGUUUCUGAUUCCGAUGCCGAUUCCCAACUCAAUGUCCUGCGAGCAGCCGGUAUAGGAAUUGCCGAAGAUGAUCCCACCGAGCCCAUUCUGACCCUCCGCAUGUGGGUGAUCGGAAUCUUUUUCUGCAUUGUCGUCUGCGGUCUCAACACCCUCUAUACUCUGCGCACACCCUCUUUGACAAUCUCCGGCUCCGUGGUGCUUUUGCUGGCUUACCCCCUCGGAAAGUUAUGGGAGAAGAUUAUCCCCGACUGGACCGUUCCCCUGGGAGCGUGGUCUUUCCCAUUGAACCCGGGUCCAUUCAACACAAAGGAACACACUUUGAUCUACAUCAUGUCCAAUCUGAGUAUCUAUGUGCGUCUCGGCGCAGACGUGCUGACCGAACAGCAAAUGUUCUAUGGAUACAAGGCCGGCUGGGGAUUCCAGAUUCUGAUCACUCUCGCUACUUUCCUGAUCGGAUUUUGUCUCGCCGGUCUGUUUAGAUCCGUUGUCGUCGUUCCCAAGGAGUUAAUCUGGCCUGGCGUUCUGAGUGUUACGGCAUUGACGACCACCCUCCACCACAUUAGCCAGGAGCAGGUGCAAUCACGCUACAAUACUUGGAAAAUGUCCCGCUAUGCCUUCUUCACGAUGGUUUGCUGCAUUUCAUUCUGCUGGUAUUGGUUCCCGGACUUUAUCUUCCCAGCGCUGAGCACUUUCAAUUUCCCCUGCUGGAUCAAGCCGAAGAAUAAGGUCGUCAACCAGAUCUUCGGCAUGAGUUCGGGCAUGGGAUUGCUUCCUAUUACCUUUGAUUGGAGCCAAGUUUCUUAUGUCGGAUCUCCUCUCCUGAUUCCCGCGUGGGCUAUUGUCAACGUGGCUGUUUCCCUGGUCUUUUGGAUCUGGAUUGUAGCCGUUGCUUGCUACUACACGAAUGUCUGGUACACAGGCUAUUUGCCAUUCCAGAGCUCCAAAGUAUUCGACAACACCGGAAACGUGUACAAGGUCAAGAAAAUCGUCAAUGCGGCAUCGGGAUAUAAACUCGAUGUCAAGAAGUAUCUGGCCUACUCGCCGGUGUACAUGCCCAUCACUUAUGCACUGAACAUGUUUGGACUAUCGUUUGCGACUCUCAGCUCGCUUCUCGUCUGGGUCGUUCUUGAAAAACGUCACGUCAUGGCUGAUGCAUGCAGACGUGUUCCAAGGCUCGUUAUGGAAUCUCUACCCGGUCGCUCAAAGGCAUACAGCGAGGAUGACCGCGGAGAUCCCGAUGUGCCUGUUUGGUGGUACUUAGUUGGCUGUGUUAUUGCCUUGUUCAUGUCCAUCUUCGCUGUUGAGUGGUGGGAUGUGGAGCUGAGAUGGUACGGUGUUCUGCUGGCAUGUCUUGUCGCACUUGUAUUCUACCCUCCACUUGCACUGGUCUAUGCCACAGCCAACCUGAAGAUCAACAUCGACAUCUUCUGCCGAAUCGUCGCCGGCUUCGUCUUCGAGGGCAAGGUUCUCGCUAACAUCUGGUUCUUCGAUAUCGGAUACAUCACCACAAUCAAGGGUCUCUACUUCGCCCAGGACAUGAAACUAGCAUACUACUGCCAUAUCCCCCAACGAAAAUUAUUCCUAGUCCAAUGCGUCGGAAUGGUAGUCGGAACCCUCUCCUCCCUCGGCGUCCUAAACUGGGCCCUAAACCACAUAACAGGCGUCUGCACCACAGACGCCGUAAACGGCUUCAGCUGCCCCUUCUCCCGCACCCACUUCAACACAUCCCUAAUCUGGGGCGCCAUCGGCCCCCGCCGCUACUUCUCAAACCACAUCGGUUACUCGGCUUUACUAUACUUCUUCAUCAUUGGCGCAAUCCUGCCUAUCCCCAUUUACUUCCUCAGUCGUCGCUAUCCCAACUCCCUCUGGAAGAAGAUUCAUAUCCCACUCUUCAUCGGUGGUCUGAAUUACCUGCCCCCUGCGACGGGUAUGAAUUAUGGAAGUUGGGCGGUUGUUGGUUUGAUCUUUGGUGUGCUUAUUCGUCACCGUGUGAAGGGCUGGUGGAAUAAGUAUAACUUUGUUCUGAGCUCGGCUAUGGAUUCCUCGGUUGGUAUUGCGGGUGUUUUGAUCUUCUUGACUAUUUUCUUCACGGGUGCGAGUGACCACUUUAGUUGGUGGGGGACGGAGGUUCAUAAGGUAUGUUUUGGUUUCUGGUUUGAAGGGCUUGUGCUGACUUUGUCUUUACAGAACACUUGUGAUUUCAAGGGAUGCACCCGUUUGACUGUUCCUAAGGGUGGGAAGUUUGGUGUGUAG